AUGGUGGAAACAAUCCCAGUUCCUACCAUAGCCAAUCGUCCUCGGACUCGCCAGCGAGCGUAUAAGAAGCCCCCAGUUCUUGAUGUUCCGGACAUUGAUCAAGACGCUACCGAAAGAAAAAGAGUCUUGAAUGUUCUUGCCCAAAGAAGAUAUCGCGAGAAGAAACGUCUGAGUCGCCUCAAAACCAAGUCAUCUGGCAAUGACGAGACUCAAAGCUCCGAGCUUCAGACAGAAUCAUUUACCAGGGUUGAUGAAGAGUCAUUUGGGGAUGAUGUUAUAGAAGUGCCUCGUCUACAGGACAAUGUGCCAGCCAUCAGUCAAGCUUCCAAUAUGGUCAUGAACAUGCCAUCUACCACUGGAGAUGCUGACAUGUUGGCCGGGAUUGAUUUUGGUCUGACAUCUUGGAGUCCCCUUUCCCUUUCAGAAAUGGCGCUUCCAUCUGUUUUGCCAGAUCCCAAUAUCCUCCCGGACUUUUUAUGUGAAGACAACACCAGCGACGAGGCCUCAACGGGAGCUUCCAAUGGACUACAGACCGAUUUUAGCGGAUCUGGCUUGACAAAUUUCCUCGAUACAUCUUCAUUUGGCACAUCACCUGCUGCUUCAACAAAAAGCUUCCCUGACAGCUACAACCUCCCAUUACUACAGCUCACACUACUAAAAGGCGUUUUACGCAUCGCAGACCGGCUCAACUGUAAGCAGAAUCUAUGGGAUCUUGAUGCAACCUCGGCUUUUACCACAGGCAUCGCAACGCCAGCAGCUCUGCUUCCUGCAAAUUGGCAGCCCACUCCUUCACAAGUCUCAGUGCCCCAUCACCCGGUAUUUGAUCUCCUCCCGUGGCCAAGCGUACGAGAACGCGCCAUUUCCAUUCUGGCUCUUCCUGAUGAGUUGCGGCCACCGCGGGCACAGGGCGUGUUGGCAACUGUCAACUUCGCUUACGACUUGGAGGACACGGCUGAGGGAGUGAGGAUUCACGGUGGAGAUCCUUACGAUCCUGGCAGCUGGGAGCUAGGACAAGUCACUUUUGAGAGAUGGUGGUUUCUGUUCGAUAACACCAUCAUCAACACCAGUAAUCGAUGGCGAAAGACGAGAGGAGCACCGCCAUUGUUACUCAAGGGUGGAAGCUCUAGUACAACCACAAGUUCCAGUAGUUCACCUGCUGUGACAAUUUAA